AUGUUCGAGAGCUUAUUGAAUACGAGUUUCAUGUGUGGGACUUUAUCAGAGUCCAAAGAACAAACUCACUUCUAUCAAACUGGUUUUGUAACAGAUCCUAUUAACGCACCAGAGGAUGACUUAAAACUAUACCCGAGAUAUCGUUUUCCUACACCUGCUAUGAAACGAAUAUCAAGCACCUUAAUCAACUAUCACAUGACAGCGACCGUAAAGAACCCCUUUAUCACCCCCAGUCUGCAGGAGCAAGCUGCAUUCUACAUUUUGCAUUUAUAUGGCUAUCGAAAAGUAAUCGUUCCCCCGGGUUGUCGGACAACUGCCGAACUUGUCAUUUCUGAGGACGAAUAUGAUGGGAAAUUUCGUGUGGAAACCAUUUUCUCAGGGACAAUCACUGUGCAUUUUCGCGACAAACGGGACGGCAGCGAUGUUUAUGUGAUCAAACUGAACGAUCUCAGUCGUGUGUUCACUGCCGAGCACGGAUUUCAGCCGGUCCCCGGUCAACCAGGCGCUGUCUGCUUUGUCAACGAAGGGCAUUGCCAUUGUCACUUUGGAAUCGGUCAACAAGUAGUGUUGCAUCAGGAACAAAUUUGA